AUGGCAUCUUCAGUAGCGCAGCCCCCCUCAACCACGACCAGCUGCAACAUAUUCAAGUCCCUGCCGGCAAGACCACCAACGCCUCCGCGGGAGACGUCGGCUCACGACCCAGACGUCUCCCUCAAGUCCCUUGCACUCUCUCGCUCACAGGCAUUCGACCCAUGCCGCAGCCUCCAGACGCCCCCAAACGCCGGUUGCCCUCGCUCUGCCAUCGCAACAAGAUCCAACCCGAGUUCGUCUCACAGGCGCAAAAGGGUCGAGUGGUCCGUCCAUACCGAGUACAAGGAGGCCCCCCAGUACCCCAGUGUUUCCGGCCCUGGCGAUAUCAAAUCCUCCCCCCUCUCGGCCCCCUCCUCGGCCACCGCCAAACCCAUCAAAGGCAUCCUCAAGCCUUCGCCCUCGCCGAAACCGCUAUCCUCAUCUCUCGGCGGCGACCUCGAUGGCACGGCAGCCCAGCCAAACGUCACCGAGAUGCUCGACUCCACCAUCAAGCACCUUGCCGGUGCCGACCGGGACUCCAAGCUGGACGCCUACAUGAUGCUCUCCAGGGCGUUGAAGACGUCCAACAAUCUUCCCGAUCGGGUCGCGCUGCAGGCCAAGAUGAGUUUGUUCAUGCAGUUUAUCCAGCGCGACAUGACCUCCAAGACCGAAACUGGCGCCCUCGACGCGUCCCUCGUCAACCACGCUCUCACCCUGCUCGCCACUUUCCUCCAGUUCCAAGCCAUCGCUUCGACGCUCACCUCUGACUUUGGCGUCUUCGUCAUAGACCACGCGAUUCGAUCCUUCGAAGAUAUUUCCGUGCCCAAGGAUGUUGUUCGUCACCUGAUGCAGGCCGUUGCCUUCCAGAGCUUUCCCGCCAAGGUCAUGACGUUGGACCGCGUCGGCCGGCUCGUCAUCGCCCUCCACGGCAUUGGGCACCACAUGAAGGGCAAGAGCGUCGUCAUGAGCCGCCUGCUCAUCUACAAGCGGCUUGUCCAGCAGUCCCGCGCUUGCAUGGUGACGCACUCGGACUGGCUCCAAGACAUGUUCACAGACAUGCUCAGCUCCGUCAAGGAUAUCCGUGCCCAGGCGAUUAGUCUUGCUGUCGAGGCUGGCUUCGCCCUUCGAUCCGACAAGACGCUCUUUCGCAAGGUGAACGAGUUGUUCAGCGCCCAGCAUGAGGAUGAAAGUUACAUGGAUUUCUUCAUCCAGCGGCUGCAGCAUAUGCUCAAGGACAAACUAACCAGCGCCGCGAUGCCGCAGAUCUGGGGUGCGACGAUCCUCUUUCUCCGUUUUCCCUUGGACAAAUGGCAGCACUACAGUCCAUGGCUGGUACUUGUGCAGUCCGCGUUUAACACCCCGGAUGCCGCGACGAAGCAUGAAGCCAACAGAGCCUGGAAUCGUUACGUUUACCUAUCCCUCGUCGACUGCAAGCUCUCUCCAAAGUCCAUCGCCACACUCUGUCAGCCGCUUUUGAGCCAGCUCCGGAGGAAGGUUUCGGGCGCCAAACAGCAAGAGGAGCCCAUGAAACUUCGGCGCGCUGUCUUUGGCGGAAUAUGCAGCCUCUACUACUUCUCCGUCGCUCAGGGCGGCGCCAAGUACCCCAUCGAUGUCAUCUGGGAUGUUGCUGUUCAUCCGGUAAUGACUCAGCUGGUGAGCCUCGAUGACAGGCAUGGCGUUUCUGGGGACUGCACCAUGCAGGCCGCUCGAACGCUGGUUGGCCUCUUGGACGUCUCGACACCUCGCCCGUCGCGGAACCUGGAUCGCAUCAUGGAUGCAGCGCCUGUUCAUCCCGAAGAGCUGCUGCCCCUCGAUCCUAAGUGGAUCCGGCGAAACUGCGUCAAGGUGUUCGAAGCGGUGGGCCCUAUUCUUGACAGGAGGUUUGUCGACCUCGCCAACAAGGAGAGCUUGGCCUUCCGACUAUGGAAAUCCCUCAUCGGCUCAGUCGUCGCGGCGUCAGCCAAGGACAUCAAGGUGUCGGAUGAUACUGCAAAGUUCUUGGCCUGCAGCUUCGGAUUCCUGUCCAAGGUUUGGUCGGCAGGUCUCGCUGACGGCGCGCGCACCCAGUCCGAGUUUCUGGCUAGUGUGACGCAGUUCGUUCGCCUUCUUGUCGACGGACUAGGCUUGCUUCCUUUCACCGAGAAGAAGUUGUCCCUGCGUGUCGACAGCAACUUUGAAUCGGUCGCCACGCCAACGCAACGGCUCAGCAAACCAAACCCGCCCAGCGGUGUCGCCCGCAUCUCUCUCCACCACCUCUUUCUGCUGAUGUGCACAACUCCUCCGGGUUGCGUCGACGAUGCAGAACUGGCCGACUUGUUUCGAUCGGCGUUUGAACCCUUCUUCGCAAGCAGGAGCGCCAAGGGACGUGUUGAACUUGCCCAGGAACUAAUGCAAUUGCUGCCGCGAAGCUGUCCGUCCGCAUGUGGACCGUGGCUGCUUUUGGCGGACCACAUGAAGUUGCCCUUCGCCAACAGCCUCGCUUCACGAUCCAGUCUCGUCACUACCAAUCAACCUCUGGCGUCAGAGCACCUCGAUAUCGUGUCGCAUCUCGAGCGUGGUCUCACAUGCCACCCUGGCUUGCCGAUCGCUCACUGGGGUUCCCUGUUUGACGCUAUUUGCAACAAGGUCGUGGAGGAUAUCGGCGACGCAGGUGUUGCUCUUCUCGUCGUUGACCCCAUCGCCAAGGGCUUACUCGAAACUCUUUCCAAGGAUACCUCCGUGCCGUCGAUGGUUUGGUUUCAGGCGAUGGCACUGCUCUGUAAUGUCGCCAAGUUACCAUGUGAUGGGCAGACGUUGGACGCCGUUCGCCUACAGGCCUGGGGGACACCCUCGACAGGGGCAGGUCUGGGACCGUCGGAUCCUUGUGAUAGUCUCUACAAGCUCGGCAACCAUGUGAUGCAAAGGCUCUACGCCCAAUGUUCGGACUUUGGAACACGCCAAAAAGUAGAGGUAUUUGCCGAGUCCUUUCUAGGGUUUGUGGCCAGGUCCUUGCCUCGCGCGGUCAUCACUACGAUUUCGAACAUGCAGCUUGGUCUGUGCCCGUGGAUUCGAGAUGAGAAAGAUUGGCUUCAACUGAACGACAGCUCCGCCAUGUCUAAAAUUAUACGAAGUCUUUGGGAUCAGGUUUGCAGCAGACUGGCCACCUACGGACGGCUGCACAGGGAUGACUUUGACCAAGUUCAGCUGCUCCUGACUGCCGCUUUCGAGAGCAAGGAUGCCUACAUCGUCAGCACGGCAGCGGAGCUCUGGAACACAUGGGCAAAGGGUGGCAAACUCGAAUGCUCGGAUAGUCUCCUGUCCACAGUUUCAUCUCUGCGAACCAGCCUCGGUCUGUUUGGGCCUGGAACCGAGUUGUCGAAUGGGAGCGUUGAAGAGCAACUUUCCACAUUCAGAGGGGCGACGGACGGACAUGGCCACUCAUCGCACAAUCACGCAUCGGCAGAACUCUCGGCGACGACAUCGUCCAAGCGGUCGUUGCAUGCGACGCGCCAAACGGAGUCUGUCACGGAUAAUCAAGAUUCGGCCAAGGGUAGACGGGCACCGCGGCUUCGUCGUAAUACGUCGUCGAUUCGAUCCCCGCCAGCUGCACCAUGCUCCGCCUCGAAUCAUGAGUUGCCGAACCUCGCGGCCCCGGAAACGCAAGUGUGGAAAUCACAGCAGGAGAGCGUUGCACUGGUCGCCGACAGUUCUCACAGUGGCUCCGCCAACCCAGAGUCGAAGGCAGCAGAUUCGGUGGCCAUCGGCAUGGAUGAUGUCAAAAUGGAGACGACUCCCCAGCGCAAGUCUUUCGACGACAUGAUUACCUUGACACCGACGCCAAGGCGAGGGCAGGUCUUGCCGAUGGAGGGCAUGAAUGAUCCGCCGUCGUCACCUCCUGUUCCACGACCGUAUCCUUUACUGUCGGAGAUUCAGUCACGCGUCAGAGCGAACAGCUCCAUGGAAGAUUGGAGGUUCUCAUCGCCCACGGGGUCAUCGGCGGCAGGCAAUCAACAGGCCACGACGGGCUGCCCCAAGUCUUCAUCUCCUCCCCUCCCGGAGGAGCCGUCUCGGCCGAAGCCCCCCCGGAGGAGAACUCGCAGGCAGAAACGCAAUGCUGCUACCGAGAGGGCAGCAGCGAAAACAUUGCCCCCGAGCGUCAUGGAUGCGGACGAUAGCCCCGACACCGACAACACGCAGGAAAGCGGUGGCCUGCCGAACCCAACUGCCCAUACCCCCUCCACGCCGCCGCUGCGCCAUCUCUCGCCGCCUAGCAAGACGCAGAGAACGGCGAAAUCUGGUGAUGAAGCAUUCGUCGAUGCCAGGAGUCAGCCGAUGGACGAAGAAGCACACUCUUCCUGCGACAUGGAGCCGUCCGUCAAGGAUGCGCUCGAGGAUACGUACUUUGCGCUCAGCGAAGGCGACGAGCACCAAAUGGUGGACUUGGCCAUGGAGCUGGAGACUGGGCACUACGAGCUCCCUGCUGCGGGAGAAUUGGUGACGCCAACGAAGAAAAGUAUGCCGAGCAGGGAGGCCGGCCAAGGUUGCAUCACGGUCUACACAGACUUGCCCUUGACCACGUCUCCGAGCCCGACACGACGACGCGAAUCAAAAAGAUUGGCCUCGCAAGCGCCCAAGUCUUCGCCGACCAAGGCAGUGGAUGAAGGUGGCGACGGCGGGAGGACAAGGAAGCGUAAGCGAGGGUUCAAGGAAGCCGAGACCCGAAGUAAGAAGAAGCGAUCGAGGGAGGCGGGGCGGGAGACGAGGGUGGAGGAAGCAUCGUCGAACGAGUCAGCCGUGGCUUCGGCGGACAGCGGCCACACUGCUCAGCACAGCAAUGGAGUGAAGACGAGAGGAGGCUCGCGCAAGCGCAAGCUUCAGGCACCCAGUCCGGCGGACGCGAAGACGGCAUCACCGAAGGCGUCGGCCGAGAUUUUGGAGAAUGUCAAGGGGAACUUGGACGGAGGGGACACGGACGAGGAGCUGCUGUCUCAGUUGGUGACGGAGUCGUUUGCCGCGUCCCAGGCUCACGACGAGCAGCAGACGGCGCGGCCAAGAUCUUCGGCGAAGGCAAAGCUCGCAGGCCGUGCGGAUGUGAAGAAGAAUGGAGAAAAGGAUACGGAUGGCGGAGGAGAGGAGAGGCAAUCGAUCAUGGAGUCGCUGCGAACCGGGCUGGCCCAGCUUCGCAACGCUUCGCUUGAUCGAGAGACGGUAUACGCGAUGGAGGACCUGUUGAUGGACAUGAAACGGGAACUUUACAAAGCCGAGCGGAGAGGAAGGGCAAGGGCUUGA